UUUAUUUUUCUCUUGCCAACAAUUAAUUCUGUUUUUCUAUUUAUACGACAAUUUAUUUUUCUUUCAACAAUUAGUUUUAAUUUCUUCAAUUUAUUAUCCUUGUUUUCUUCUUCUCUCGACUGUUUGUUAUUCUGAGUUUGGUUCCUAUUGGGACUCUUGUUGUAUUUACAUUUCUCUUCAUCCGCUCUUUCUAAAAGCAGCAUGGAGGCUCAGGAGAGAAAGUUUUGGUUUAAAUUGAGUCAAAUGAUUUCUAAUAGUGAUUUAGCUAAAGAAUUGAUUUUUCUUAAAUUUAAGAAAGGAUAUUCACCUUUUCAAGGUGUUGAAAGUGUCAAGGUUAUGCGAGAGAUUCUCCUUGCUUCUUAUCGUUUUAUUUCUUGUGAUCCUUCUUGGUGUCGAUCAACUUGGGAUUGGAGAAGUUUAUGGCAAUUAAUUGAUUAUGAGAAAUCAAUUGAACUUAAAUGGCUCUCGAUGCAAUGUAUUCGUAUUCUUUGUGAUAUUUCAGAUGAAUAUUAUUUUGAUUGGAUGGCAAAAAAUUUUACUCCUGACAAAGAGCGUGAACUACGUUUAAAGUAUCAUUACAUUUACAAUGAUAAUCGGAACUCGCCUGCAAUUACAAAUGGUCAACUUCAAUCUGCAAAUACUGUUGAUAUUUAUGGAAUUAAAAUGGUUAAGUUUGAUGAUUCGUCUUCUAAUGUGACUGGAAAACAUUCCCAACUGAUUGUUGUCCCUUCAGUUGAAGUUAACUUAAGAAAAUUGGCCAUCGCCUUGUCCGAAAAUCAUCCGAUUCUCAUAGAAGGUCCACUUGGAUGUGGUAAAACUAGUCUAAUUGAACAUAUUAGUGAAUUAACUGGACGCUCUAAACCACCGGAAUUAACAAAAAUUCAAAUCGGUAACCAAGUUGAUGGUAAACUUUUGGUUGGUACCUAUUGUUGUACCGAUAUCAUUGGUGAAUUUGUUUGGAAACCAGGUCCAUUAACAGAAGCCUUAUUGAAAGGACAUUGGCUCGUUUUUGAAGAUAUCGACAGUGCCUCAGCUGAUGUACUAACCAUCAUGCUCUCGAUUGUUAAAUCAAGAUCUUUAAGCGCAAUCCCGGGCUGUUAUGUAUCUGGAGCGACAAUUGACCCAAGAUUUCGUCUCUUUUUCACUCGGCGAAUCACCGAUGGACACACUGAAGUGUUUUCUGGUUCAGAUAAAGACAUAAUAAUCAAAAUGUGUGAGAAAAUUUCUCUCGAUAAUCCAAGUCCAGAUGAAUUGGAGACAAUAAUUUCAAAACGUUGGCCAAUGUUGAUCCCAAUUCUAUCUGUUAUUAGAGAAAUCUAUGAUAUUGUUACCGGAAACGAUUCUCUUGAUGAAACUCAGCCAUCUUUUAACAAUCGAAAAGCUUCACUUCGUGAUUUUCUUAAAUGGUGCCAAAGAAUUUCAACUUACAUCGAUACGUUGAUAUUAACAGACGAUAAAAGAAAAGCUUGUCUCUUGGAUGCGAAUGAUUGUUUCCUUGCUAACAUUUCAGAUAAAAAUGUUCGAAUGAUAAAAUCUCAAGAAGUUGGAGUUAAACUUCACAUUGCCACAGCGAUUAGCCGACAAAUUUUGAUCAACCAUAGACCUGAUAUCUCAAUUAAACGUGAUAUCAUCUCAAUAGGACGAACCCAUUUAAAGGGAAUCACAUGUGACAAAUUACCAACCAUUGGUUCAAAACAAACACCAUUUUCUAAAACAAAUUCAUCCUUGUGUUUACUUGAACGAAUCGCUUGUGCGGUUAAUCACAAUGAACCAGUUCUUCUUGUAGGUGAAACUGGAACCGGUAAAACUUCAACGGUUCAACAUCUUUGUAAUCUUUUAAAUCGUCACCUCACCGUAAUCAACAUGAAUCAACAAAGUGAUACCUGUGAUCUUCUUGGUGGAUAUAAACCUGUUGAACUUUCCUUCCUAAUGGAACCUAUUCGAGAUGAAUUCGAACAAAUUUUCAGUCUAACCUUCUGUCAACAAGAUAAUGCCAAAUUCUUGAGAAGUGUAUCACCUUUAUUUCGCCAUCAGAAAUGGGAUAAGUUUUUAGAUGUAAUUCUUCAUGUACAAACCUCUGCUCUAAAAGGUAACAGCCGAACUCUCAAAAGUCAAUCACCUGAAGAACAACAAAAUAUUUUAAAACGAUGGAAUGAUUUGGGUGUUCGAAUUAACAACUUGAAAACCAGUUCGAAGGACAUUCCACUUGUAUUUACUUAUGUUGAAGGAACUCUGGUUAAAGCGAUGAGAAGAGGAGAUUGGAUUCUAAUGGACGAAAUUAAUCUUGCUGAAUCUGAAACGUUACAAUGUUUAUCAUCUAUUUUAGAGGCUGAUGAUGGAAAUGUUUUACUUCUCGAUAAGGCCGAUGGUGAACCGAUCAAAAAACAUGCAAAUUUCAGGCUAUUUGCCUGUAUGAAUCCAUCGACUGAUAUUGGUAAACGAGACUUACCUCUUGGUAUUAGAAAUCGUUUUACCGAGUUUUAUGUUGAAGAACUUGAAUCGGAAAGUGACCUGCGUGUUCUUGUUUCAACAUACCUUCAAAGUGCUUUCAAAACUUCUUUCGUUGAACAGAUUGUCCAAUUUUAUCUUUCAAUUCGCAAAGAAGCCAAAAAAACCCUCAAAGAUGCUGUUGGUGGUAGUCCUACAUUCACCCUGAGGACACUUUGUCGAGCAUUACAAGUGGCCGUAAGCAUCAAUUUCGAUGCAUCCUCUUCACCUCGUGCCUUAUACGAAGCAUUUUGCUUAUCUUUCCUCACGCAAUUAAAUUCUGAAUCUUAUCAACAAGUAGAGCUUAUGAUUCUGAAAAAUAUCCUUAAAGUAAAAAGUGUUUCUUCAAUCGCUAGCAUGAAUUUGAUUAAACCUAAAUCAGGUGAUUAUUUAUCAAUAGACGGAUAUUGGAUACCUAAAGGAGCAAAUGAACCUGUUACUGAUGAAUCUUACAUUUUAACUGCUUCGGUUGAUCGCAAUUUACGUGAUGUUGCUCGAAUCAUCUCAUUAGGCCGAUCGUAUCCGAUUCUUAUCCAAGGAGAAACUUCAGUUGGUAAAACAAGUAUGAUCAAUUACUUGGCGAAAAGAUCUGGUAAUGUCUGUUUAAGAGUAAAUAAUCAUGAACACACUGAUUUACAAGAAUAUGUUGGAAGUUAUACUGCCGAUGAUAAAGGUAAAUUAGUCUUCAAGGAAGGUGUUCUUGUUGAAGCCAUGCGAAAAGGUUACUGGAUUAUUUUGGACGAACUGAAUCUUGCAUCAACUGAAGUAUUAGAAUCACUCAAUCGUGUUCUCGAUGAAAAUCGUGAACUUUUCAUUCCUGAAACUCAGGAGACAGUUAAAGCUCAUCCUAAAUUUUUACUUUUUGCCACACAAAAUCCUCCUGGACACUAUGGUGGUCGUAAGAUGCUGUCUCGAGCCUUUAGGAAUCGUUUCAUCGAAUUGCAUUUUGAUGAAAUACCUGCUAAAGAAUUGGAAAUUAUUUUACAAAAACGUUGUCUUUUACCACCUACUUAUGCCAAGAAAAUGGUUGUUACUCUUACAGAAUUAAGAAGUCGUCUUCAUCAAAGUGUUAGUUUAUCGUUCGCCGGUAAACAUGGUGGUGUAACCCUGAGAGAUUUAUUUCGUUGGGGUGAAAGGUAUCGAAUUUUCGCCAAAGAGUACGCAUCUUCUCAACGAUUCUAUAACUGGGAUCAACAUUUAGCAAACGAAGGAUACAUGUUGUUGGCUGGAAGAUCAAGAAACGAGAUAGAGGAACAAGUUAUUCGAGAAGUUCUUAGUAAAAACUUUAAGCUGAAAAUUUCACCAGAAGAAAUAUUCGAGGCACUUUUCGAUGAAAAUCUUGCCCGUCAUUCAAUACCUGAUGAAUUUCGUCAUCUCUUUUGGACAACACCUUUGAAACGUCAGGCUGUUCUCGUGUUUCAAGCUCUCAAGUACAAUGAGCCAGUACUUUUGGUCGGAGAAACGGGUUGUGGAAAGACAACAAUUUGUCAAUUGUUUGCGGCCAUGAAAAACAAACCAUUGUUUAGUGUAAAUUGUCACAUGCAUUCUGAAAGUGCUGAUUUCCUCGGAAGUCUGAGACCAGUUCGAAGUCACGAUGAAUCAGAUGAAGCUGAUAAACAACAACGUCUAUUUGAAUGGGUUGAUGGUCCACUGGUUAAAGCGAUGCAAUUAGGAUCAGUGUUUCUUAUAGAUGAAAUUUCACUUGCUGAUGAUUCAGUUUUAGAAAGAUUAAAUUCUGUUAUCGAACCAGAAAGACUUUUAUUAUUAACGGAAAAGUUCAUUGGUAAAGGUGAUUCAGAUCAUUCGGAUCUUGUCAUCAAAGCUCAUCCAGAUUUUCACCUUAUUUCUACCAUGAAUCCAGGAGGAGAUUAUGGUAAAAAAGAGUUGUCUCCCGCUCUUCGUAAUCGUUUCACUGAAAUUUGGUGUUAUUCAUCCACUAAAUUAAGCGAUCUUCGUCAAAUAAUAAGUCAUAAUCUGGUUGAUUUACCAGUAAACCUUAAGGAAAAUAUUGUAACAAGUUUGAUCUCAUUUUUGGAAUGGUUUCUUUCAAAGACCAGAGAAAGUGGUUUGGGUUUCAUCAGUAUUCGUGAUGUACUAUCACUUGUGGAAUUCAUUUCGACUAUUUUAAAACCUUCAUUAGACAAAGAAAAUACAUUUAAUCCCGUUGAUGCGAUCCAUCAUGCUGUUCAUUUAGUUUUUCUCGACUCUAUGGGCUCCUCAGGAUCAAUGAUUCGUGAUGCGAUUUCUUCCAAAAAAGAAUGUGAAAUCAAAUUAAACUCGAUUCUAAGUAAAAUCUUCGGUACGACAAAUUCUCCCCUUCAAUCAAUUGAACUCUCCCAACGCAGCGAUAUUCUGGGAAUAAGUCCAUUUUUCAUUCCAAAAGGUAACUUCAAGUUAUCCUCUUCAUCUUCAACUUUCAUCUUCGAUUCACAAACUGUCGCAUCAAAUGCUCAACGUUUACUUCGUGCAAUGCAAUUGCCAAAACCAAUUCUAAUUGAAGGUGUUCCUGGUGUUGGAAAGACUAGUUUAGUCCAAUCAUUGGCUAAAAUUGCAAACUAUCAAGUGAUCAGAAUAAAUUUAUCAGAACAGACUGAUGUUAGUGAUCUUUUUGGUGCCGAUCUUCCGGUUGAAGGAUGUGAAGGACAAUUCGCAUGGAGAGAUGGUCCAUUGUUACAAGCACUGAAAAACGAUUCAUGUUGGGUUCUUCUUGAUGAACUUAAUCUCGCCUCACAAAGUGUCCUUGAAGGUCUGAAUGCUUGUCUUGACCAUCGAGGUGAAAUUUUCAUCCCCGAACUGAGUAAAACCUUUUCAGUUAGUAAACAAGCAACUCGGAUAUUUGCCUGUCAAAAUCCACAUGCUCAAGGAGGUGAUCGUAAAGGUUUACCCAAAUCAUUUCUUAAUCGUUUCACUCUUAUUCAUGUCGAAAGUUUAACAGCUGAUGAUCUCAAAUUCAUCAUUUCAAAUGUACAUAAAACUUUACCAUCUGAUAUCAUUGAUAAAAUGGUCCAAUUUAACGAAAAAUUGUCAAAUGAGAUCAAUUCAAGUAACAGUUUCGGAAGAAAAGGAUCUCCAUGGGAGUUUAAUCUUAGGGACAUUUUCCGUUGGUGUCAACUUGUUCUGUCUUCUAAUGAAUGUGAAAAUAUUAGCACAGAUUUGAUUGCUAAUUCAAUGAAAAUUAUUUAUUCUCACCGAUUUCGAACUCGUGAAGAUAUUGUUGUCGUUGAAAAACUUUUCGAGUCAACUUUCGAUUGUAAAAUAAAAAGGAUGACAACCUGUCUCAAGCUCUAUCCAGAUCUACUUCAAGUAGGUCAAUCGUUUUUACCUCGACCAAUGAAUGGAUUUAAAGGUGAUCAGUGGUUAUUGUUACACCAUCAAACUCCCAUCAUUGAAGCUCUGAUGAAAUGCGUUGAAAUGAAUUGGAUGGCUUUGAUUGUUGGUCCAUCACAAUCAGGUAAAUCAUCUCUAGUUCAUCUGUUAUCACAAUUGGUUGGUGCAAAUUUGAAAACUAUCAUUGUUAAUUCUGAAAUGGAUACGAUUGAACUUCUCGGUGGAUUUAAUCAGAAAGAUAUCAUUCACGAUAUUGAACGAAUCGAAAACUCUAUCGAACCUUUAAUCUGGAGUUUCGUCCGAUACAAAUCAAUCAAAUGCGAAUAUGGCUCCGUUCGUGAGAUUUUGAAAAGAUGGUCCAACUACAAAAAGGAGAGUUCGUUUCAAACUCCUGAACAAUGUCUCGAUCGAUUAAAUAAAUUGUCAUCAAUUGCAGACCAAGUUACAUUGAAUCUUCCACAAGUUCAAAGAGAUUCCUUAUUGCAAAGGUUAUCUACUCUUAUAUCUUAUAUCAAGAAUAAAACUUCAUUAACAUCUAGAGGUUCAUUCCAAUGGAUAGAUUCAGUUCUUGUUGAAGCCUUACGAGAAGGAGAUUGGCUUCUGAUUGACGAUACCAAUCUAUGUCCAGCAUCGGUUCUCGAUCGUCUCAAUGGUUUACUUGAACCUGACGGAGAAUUGGUUCUCAACGAACAAGGUUGCGUUGAUGGUAAUGUUCCUGUAGUCCGACCUCAUCCAAAUUUCCGCUUGUUUUUGACAAUAGACCCAAAAAAUGGUGAGCUUUCCCGAGCCAUGAGAAAUCGUGGAGUUGAAAUUUACAUUCUACCAACUUAUAAUGAAGAUGAUAUUCGAAGUCAAAUGAUCAAGAUUGGUUUGACUAAUUCAACAUUCCAAGAAGCACUAUUUGCCCAUCACUCUAAAUUAUUAGAAUCAAGUCAACAACUUAACGAUGAACAAUUAAAUGGAAGCUAUUUGGUCCGAUUAGCAAGUAGAAUCGCUCUCGAAUUGAAAUGUUCAACCAGCAUUGAACAGAUUUGUCUCCAUUACCCUGAAUUACUGCCAUACCAAAGUACAUUAGAUAUCAAAUCUAAAAAAAGUGAAUUUGAUUUUGAAUCAAGAGAUUUUAAAAUUUUAUUAGGAGAUUCAUUGGUCAGUACGGUUAACAAGGAGAUUUCAACCGUUUCAUCUAUACCAACAAGUCUUUUCAAUUCAGAUUAUGAAAUUGAUGAAUUAAUACAAAUUAUUUCUAGCUUGAGAUGUUUCAUUUCGAGAUCAAGUCAGAAAGAUUUUACUUAUCGUCGAUACUUAAUUGAUACAAAGUUUGGUGUAUCUCUUGAUGUCUCACCUUCCGACGAGGACUUACCAUCAGCAAUUACUCCUCUUCCUUAUUCAUCAACUUCAAGUGAAUAUUUACCAAUAGAUUUGCGAUUUAAUCCAAUUGUCUGGGAAAGACUUUCAUCCCAAUUCGAUGGAAUCGAAUCAGCUGAUUACCAAAGAAAUCUAAAUCGUCGAUCCUUAAGAUACUUCAAUUGGCAGCUAAAUCUGAUUCGAAAGUAUUGUGAUAAUAAAGCUUCAACAUCACUACUCAAAUAUCCAAAUGAUCGUAAAUUGUCCAUCAUAACUGCCAAGAACCAAGAACUUUUAAAACUGAUUUCGCAUCUUUAUUCGAAUCUACAAAAUCAGUGUGAACAAAAACUUUUGAAUAUUAGCCCGAGUUGUGAAGAGUUAUAUGAACUUCGAACGAUUUUUAUCUGGAUUCAUCAAUUUUUCUGUCUUCUAUCAUCUGAUUGUGGUCCCAUUGACAAUAAAAACACUGUCUUUGAUAAGUUGCUAAUUCUUUGGGUUGUUGUUCAAGACAAACUUCGUACUCACCAAACAAUUGGAUUUGAUUUCAAUCAACAAUUAUACAUAAAAUUCAACUCCUUACAAGGUUUGGAUCAAAAAACUUCAAUUGAAAAGUUUUCAUUCAAGAAAAAUUUAUCUCCAUCAUUGACACUAUACAAAGAUGAACAAAGUGCCUCUCUUUUCAUCAAAUCAAUGGAAUUGUCUCGAUUACUAAAUAACAGUGACAAUCAAUUAACACUAAAUCGCAAUACUCAAAUUUGCCUCGAUGAAAUUGUCCAAAUUUACGACAAUUUGUUAAAUGAAAAUUGUGAUUAUCUCAUGUUGUCAGAUCAACUUACCAAAUUGGAAAGUAAAAUAAGGGAAUCAGUAUUUUCAUCCGACAAUAAUUCAGUUGGUCAGCAUGAUGAUAUGGACGAAAGGGGUGACCAAGAAUUAGCUUCAUCAUUGGAAAAACCUUUAAAUCGAAUGGCUCAAUUAGUUGUUCCUAUUAAUUAUUUCUCUUUUUUCUGGAAACAGACUUGUCAUCUCAAGAGUCUUGAGCCAAUUGAUUCAGUGAUUCAGUGUCUUCAGGGUGUAUGCAUCUCACCAAUACACUCAGUUCUGAUUAAAUGUUUACCUUUUGAUUUGAAACUUCAAAAAGAAACACUUUUCUACCAUAUGAUUGACUUCCAUCGAACUUUAUCUUGUGAAAAUUUGUACUCACUUCUUGUGCCUAAGGAAAAUGAAGAUUCAACAAAUGGAAAAGUUCUUGAAACAUCAGAGUGGCUUAAAUCUGGUUAUUCUUUCUCAUCAUCACCAGUUAUGACUCUUUUAUCAUCUAAAUUACUCAACUCAGAAUCUGUGCUUGGAACCAUUGGUUGUAAAAUCAAUUGUAUUGACAAACUUCAAACCUACGUUUCAAAUAAUUUCGAGACACUUGUCGAUCCUCAGGCUCACGAUUUUUCAAGUUAUCACCUUGAUCUCGUCGUUGAACUUAUCAAUAAUGUAAAACCAACUAUCGAUGAUUUCUUGUCACAAUUGUCACCCGAAUAUAAAUUGACUUUCUCUCAAUUAUGUCAACAAGUUUCAGGUGACAUUUCGCAGAUUGACAAUCACACCAAAGGAACAGCAAUGAUAUUAUUUGGCUGUAUAUUGGCUCACCUCUGGUCACCAACGAUGUUAAUUGACCCCUUGCAAAAAUGGUCCAUCAAAUUAUCUCAUUACCUUGAAGAACUUAAAUUUUUGGAUGAAGAAUUAGCUUCUCAGAAUCGGAUAUCAAUCAUUGAGACCGGUGAACCUAUUAUACCAGAAUCAGAUCAUCCUCAUGUACUACAAGCAUUGAAUCGUAAAGCGAUUGUACUCAAGAAAAUUGAAAAACUAAAAGCACGACAAGGACAUCGACCUGUUCCCUCACAAUAUCAGAAAUUGAGAGAUGAUGUUAUUCAAUUCUUAUCAACUAUACUUCCAUUGGAAAAAGUGUUUGAACUAAUCAAGAGUUUCGAUAAAACUGAUUUAGUUGGUCUACAGAAAUCAAUUUCUCAUUUCAUCAACCAUAUUCACAAUACUUAUCCUUUGUACGCAAACGUGUCCAAUGAAAUGCUUUUGGGUUUGUUAAUAACUUUGAAUGGAUUGAACUUAUCCUCUCAUGAACAGUUGACUAGUAAAACAAUCAAAGCCUAUGAAAAAGGUGAAAAGCGGGAAAAUCUCACCAAUAUCUUAAAAUCAAUGUUCCAAUUUGCAACCUUGGAUCCAAUAACUCGUGCCAUUGAUGCAAUUGAUGUCGUAAAGUUGAAAGGCUUUCAAAAUCUCACUCAACGGACAAAAUUAGGAUCAGUGAGCUGUUCAAACCUUUUGUACAAAUCGGCUUUGGCUGAGCUGAAAAAUGCCGCUCAUUUAUCUUUAAUUCCCAACUAUGAUAUUCUGGUGACUCUUUUCCAAGUGGUCAACACUUUUCUAAAUUAUUGGUUGACCAAAGAGGAAGAAAGAAAAGAAAAAUUAGCAGAAGAAGAAAGUCUUUUCCAAUACAAGGCUAAAACGCAUCCCGAAGAACUGCCCGAGGAAGUUAUUGAUGAGAAGGAGAUUAAACGUCGAUUUCCAACCUAUGAGAAUGAUUUCCGAGAAUUCAUGAAAGAUCCUAUCGGUAUGGACCAAACCUCAAUCGAUGAUAGUGAUACCAAAAAGUCAGCAAAGAUCAUUGAAACUAUCCAAGAAAGCGACAUUGUUGAAAUAUGUCAACUUCAUGCUGAUGUCUCAUCUGUUUUAUCAAGGAAAAAAGUUCAAUCAACAAAUUCAACCGACAUUUUCAAACCAUUGAUCUAUCGAUACCAAGUAUUGACUGAAAUCGUUGAUGUUAUUGGCCCUACUCUUGGUCGUAAUUUAGACCAAUCUUCAGCUGAAUGUUCGUGGAUGAUGACUCGUCUUUUCGAGAAAACCUUGUCGUUCUCAUUAAACUACAAUUCUACAUCGUCAUACAAUUUUUACAAUGAUCCAAAACCGGAAGAGCUCCGUGAAUGUUACACCAUUUUGGAACCUUUAAAAAAUCGUAUAAUCAAUGAGCUUCUUCCUCAGUUCCCUGGAAAUCCAAUGCUUCACCAAUUACUCAAAAUAAUCGAAAGGCUUUAUACUCUUGAUAUUAAUUCACCUUUGGCUAAAAUUGUGACUGGAUUAGAGGUGUUGCUUCGUGCAGCUGAAGACUGGGAGCAAAUGGCUCAUAGGAAGAUUAAAUUAGUCGAACAAUUAACUCCUGUCACAUCUCUAGUAAUUAAAUGGAGAAAAAUGGAGCUUAAAUGUUGGUCAACGUUAUUAGAAUCAGUUCACCGUGAAAUUGAACAUAAACAAAUCGCCAAAAACUGGUUCCACUUUUACUCAAUGAUUCAUUCAAUGUUAUCAAUGGAUGAAUCAUUAAUGGAUGAUAGUAAUGAAGAAAAUGAAAAGCAAUUAUUAUCUUUGCUGAAACAAUUCCUCGAGGAAUCAACAAUUGGCCAAUUUAAACCCAGAUUGAAUUUACUGCGUAACUUUAUCGAUCAUCAACUUUGUGUUGAUUCAACAAGAUCUCAACUUCCGUUAUUCACAAUUCUGGUCAAUUUACAUAAAUAUUUCUCUCAAUUUGAGUCAUCAGUCUCUGACGAAAUAGCUAAGAUACGUCAGCCCAUUGAAAAAGAAUUGAAAGAGUUCGUGAAGAUCAUGCGUUGGAACGAUGGAAACUUUUGGAGUUUAAAGAGCAAAGUGGAAAAAUCUCAUCGAACUCUCCAUCGUUUGACCAAAAAAUACGAAAAAUCACUCAAUGUUCCAGUUAUGCCUUUCCUGAAAAUUUCGAAAUCAGAAUCUGAUUUAAAGGCGAUUCUUCUACCCAAUCAAUUAGCAUCUGAUGAUAUUGUUCACUCUCUUGAGCCAAUACCAUGUUCAGAUCUUCAAACUCUCUCAAGAUCUCAUCAGCUAAUAAUCAAAGUUGGAAAAUAUUCGAAGAAAAUCAAAGUGAGUACAAAAAAUCUUCGAAAAUCAAUAAAAAGAUUGGACCAACGAACUGGAGACAUUGUUGAAGGAAUUAAAGAAAUGGCGAAUCUUAAAGUCGCUCCAACAAUAAAGGAAAAAGAGAAAUAUGAGAAAGAAGUGAAAGGAAUCAACAACAUGAAGCGACAAUCAUUCUCGACACUACUCAAAAAUCUUGGAGAAUGGGGAAUAUCGUUCAAGAAAGGAAUCGAAAUGUACAAUUCGUUUGAUUUGAAUGAGACUCUUGCCACUUGUUUUCCAUUCGAACCUGAUUGGGGUCUUGCUAUAAACAAAGAAGAAUCUGAUUCAGCUGAUAAGUACUUUUAUUCAGCUCUAAUGCGGUACAUAGAUUUCAAAGCAUCUUUAACUUGUCCAUCAGAUGAUCUCAAACAAAUUCGUAAUGUAUUUGAAAGAUUAAGAGGAAUUGUAGGCUUUAUGCUCAACGAACUUGUUACAUCUAAGCGAAGGAUAUUCAAUCAGCUAUUUGUGCUUAAAAAACUCGAUAAAAUCAGUGAAACGAUCUCUAAGUGUUCAGAUCGACAAACAAAACUAUCUUCAUCUACAACGUGUGACCAUUGGCUAUCUACCUUGUCAAGUUAUCGUUUGAGUUUACAGUGUUUACUUCAUCAAGUGAAAGAGCUUCCAAUCAAAUCAGAUACCAAUGAAAGUGAAUUAACUUCAAUUUGCAAUGAUUCUUUAAAUGAUUUGCUACAAAUUUCAUCAAUUUUCACACCAACACCAUCGACAAUUUACAAAUCUCCAAUCGCUACAUCUAAAACAGAAUCCCAAUUAGAAACUGCUUGGGAUUUAAUGGCAACAUCAUCAAGUAAAUUGAAAGUUCAUCUCGAAUCCAUCAAAACUUCACCCGGAACUGUAGUUGCUCAUCUCAGUGAAUUAUGUGAUAAAAUAUCAAACGAUUUAAUCAUUUUCCGUGCCCGUUACCUUGAAACCGAUUGUUCUGUGCAAUCAGGAGAAAUCACUCAAUUAGUUUAUCAAAAAUGUGAAAGUUUCCUUGUGUCCAUCUUAUCUCAUGUCCAAAUAUUGUUCAAAAAUCUUGAAGAAACUCAGCCAAGUGAUGAGAAUCAAGUUUCCAUGGAUAAAAUUUACUCCCAAGUAUCAGGCAACUUUUUGGAUAAACUCAACUUAAUUGGUGUUCAACAAAAAGCUCAAGAUAUUCUGGAUACCAUUUCGAGCUCAAUUAAUUUACAAGAUGAACAACAAUUGACCAUCUAUCAAGAUAUCAUUGUACACAUGCAUUCGUACCUGGACAAAUAUGUUAAUUUGGUAAAUUACUUUACACGAAUUAAUUUAUCUUCAUUCCGAGCUCGUUGUAAACUAUUGUUCAUUUUACUCGGACUGUUUACUGAUGUUUGUAAACAAGGAUUUUGUCUUCCUCCUCCCUGGCAAGAUGAAAACGAAAAGACUGAUACCAAAGAUAAAUUUAAAGAUUUAACUGAUGCUGGAUUAGGUGAAGGUGAAGGUGAAGAGGAUGUUUCGAAUAAAAUUGAAAGUGAAGAUCAGUUGGAUGAAGCCUUACCUUCCGGUGCUCAGAAAGAGGAAGACAAAUCUAAUGAUAAAGAUAUAAAAGAUGAGAAAAAUGGUAUUGAGAUGUCAGAAGAUUUUGAAGCUCCUGAAUUUGGACCUGAUGAAAAGGAUGAAAAUAACGAGGACAAGGAAGAAAGUGAAGAAGAGGAAGAGGAAGAUGAUUUGGACAAGAAGAUGGGAGACAUUGACGAGUCCGAAGGAUUAGAUGAUAAAAUGUGGGGUGAUGACGAAGAAAGUGAGGAUGAAGAUGACGAUGAAGACGAUUUGGAUGAUGAUGGAGAUGAGGGAGGAGAGGAGAUUGGUGACGAUCGAUUAGUUGCCAAAGAUGAUAAUCAAGGGGUCAAAGAGAAAAGUAAAGGUAAAGACAAGAACAAGGAUGACAAGGAUGAGUCUGAUACUGAAGAGAUUAAUGAACAAGAGAUUGAUGAUGAAUAUGAAGGAGAACGACAAGAUCCAUAUAAACAGAAAGGUGAAGGAGAAGAUGAAGAAGAGGGAGGUGAAGAAGCUGAAGAAUUUCCGGAAGACAUGGAAUUGGAUGGUAACGAGGUUGGAGAAGGAGGCGAUGAAGCGGAAGAGGAAGACAAAGACCAAGAAGAAAAGACUGAAGAAAUAGAUUCUGAUGCUUUACCAGAUGAAAAUGAAGAUCAACCUGGUGAACCAGAUAAAGAUGAAACUAAAGAUGAGGUUAAGAUUCCUGAGGAAGUUGCUGCUGAUGAAGAGGAAAAAUCAGCUGAUGAAGAAGAAAAGAAAGAGGGAGAAGGUGAAGAACAAGGAGAAGAAGAUGAAAAGAUGAUGAGCAAAAUGAUGAAAUGA